GGAGCAGGCGUGGGGACUGUCACCGCGGGCGCGCCAAGCGCAUCGACCCGGGACACGGGCAUCUGGGGACCGCCGGGCGCCACCCCCGCCAUUUGCCCCGCCGGGGUCCUCGGCUCCCGCUCCCCAGGGAGCAGCCGCCGGGGCGCAGGGCGAUGUCUGCCGGGGCCCGCCGCGGUCCCCGGGGCAGCCGGGCACAGCCGCUCGCGCCCCUCUGGUGCGUCUCGGCCGCGCUGGGAAUGAUGCUGUGGUCCCCUGCCUCGCAAGCGUUCAACUUGGACGUGGACAAGCUCACGGUGUACAGCGGCCCCGAGGGCAGCUACUUCGGCUACGCUGUGGACUUCCACAUUCCCGACGCCCGCACAGCGAGUGUCUUGGUGGGCGCGCCCAAAGCCAACACCAGCCAGCCCGACAUCCUGGAAGGGGGAGCCGUCUAUUACUGUCCUUGGCCCGCGGAGGGGUCUGCGCAGUGCAAGCAGAUACCAUUUGACACCACCAGUAAGGCCUGUGCUCCUUUAUAUCACUGGAGAACUCUUAGACCGACACGAGCAAAGGAUCCAGUUGGCACUUGCUAUGUAGCAAUUCAGAAUUUCAGUGCCUAUGCUGAGUACUCUCCUUGUCGCAACAGCAAUGCUGAUCCAGAAGGCCAGGGUUACUGCCAAGCAGGAUUUAGUCUGGAGUUUUAUAAGAAUGGAGACCUAAUUGUAGGAGGACCUGGGAGUUUUUACUGGCAAGGUCAGGUGAUCACUGCCAGUAUUGCAGAUAUCAUUGCAAAUUACUCAUUCAAGGAUAUUCUAAGGAAACUGGCUGGUGAAAAGCAGACAGAAGUGGCUCCAGCUUCCUAUGACGAUACUUACCUUGGAUACUCAGUUGCUGCUGGCGAAUUUACUGGAGAUUUUCAGCAAGAAUUGGUUGCCGGGGUUCCAAGAGGAGCACAGAAUUUUGGAUAUGUUUCAAUAAUUAACUCUACAGAUAUGACCUUUAUUCAGAAUUUCACUGGUGAACAGAUGGCAUCUUAUUUUGGAUAUACUGUUGUAGUAUCAGAUGUUAACAAUGAUGGGAUGGAUGACAUACUGGUUGGAGCACCUCUCUUUAUGGAACGCGAAUUUGAGAGCAACCCUCGAGAAGUAGGGCAAAUCUACCUGUAUUUGCAAGUGAGCUCUCUCUUCUUCAGAGACCCACAGGUACUCACGGGCACCGAGACUUUCGGGAGAUUCGGUAGUGCUGUGGCGCACUUAGGGGACCUGAACCAAGAUGGAUACAAUGACAUUGCCAUCGGUGUGCCCUUUGCAGGCAAGGAUAAAAGAGGCAAAGUGCUCAUUUACAACGGGAACAAAGAUGGCCUAAACACCAAGCCUUCCCAAAUUCUGCAAGGAGUGUGGGCCUCCCAGGCUGUCCCUUCUGGAUUUGGCUUUACUUUAAGAGGAGAUUCCGACAUAGACAAGAACGAUUACCCAGAUUUGAUUGUGGGCGCAUUUGGAACAGGAAAAGUAGCUGUUUACAGAGCGAGGCCAGUUGUGACUGUGGAUGCAAAGCUUCUGCUGCAUCCCAUGAUUAUCAAUCUUGAAAAUAAAACUUGCCAGAUUCCAGAGUCUUUGACACCUGCAGCCUGCUUUUCUUUAAGAGUGUGUGCAUCUGUAGCAGGCCAGAGCAUUCCAAACACAAUAGCUAUGGUGGCUGAGGUGCAAUUAGAUUCCCUGAAACAAAAAGGGGCCAUUAAACGAACACUCUUCCUUGACAACCAUCAGUCCCAUCGUGUCUUCCCUCUUGUGAUAAAGAGGCAGAAACCCCUCCAGUGCCAGGAUUUUAUUGUUUACCUUCGAGAUGAAACUGAAUUCCGAGAUAAAUUAUCUCCAAUCAACAUUAGUUUGAAUUACAGUCUGAAUGAAUCCACCUUUAAAGAGGGCCUGGAAGUGAAACCAAUAUUGAACUACUACAGAGAAAAUGCUGUUAGUGAACAGGCUCACAUCCUGGUGGAUUGUGGGGAAGACAACCUCUGUGUUCCUGACUUGAAGCUGUCGGCUAGACCAGAUAAGCAUCAGGUCAUCAUUGGAGAUGAAAAUCACCUCAUGCUCAUAAUAAACGCAAGAAAUGAAGGGGAAGGAGCCUACGAAGCAGAACUUCUCGCGAUGAUCCCGGAGGAGGCGGACUACGUGGGGAUCGAACGCAACCACAAGGAAUUGCGACCACUGAGCUGUGAGUACAAGAUGGAAAAUGUAACCAGGAUGGUGGUGUGUGACCUUGGGAACCCUAUGGUGGCUGGAACAAAUUAUUCUCUGGGCCUCCGAUUUGCAGUUCCACGGCUUGAGAAAACAAAUAUGAGCAUUAACUUCAAUCUCCAAAUCAGAAGUUCCAACAAGGACAAUCCAGACAGCAAUUUUGUGAGUUUGCAAAUCAACGUCACUGCUAUAGCCCAAGUGGAAAUAAGAGGAGUGUCGCACCCGCCUCAGAUCGUUCUGCCCAUUCACAACUGGGAACCGGAAGACGAGCCCCGCAGGGAGGAAGAAGUCGGACCGUUGGUGGAACAUAUCUAUGAGCUGCACAACAUUGGACCAAGUGCCAUCAGUGACACCAUUCUGGAGGUGGGCUGGCCGUUCGCUGCCCGGGGCGAAUUUCUUCUCUAUAUUUUUCAUAUUCUAACUCUGGGACCUCUGCAGUGUCAAACAAAUCCUGAUGUCAACCCACAGGAUAUAAAGCCCGCUGCGUCCCCGGAGGACACCCCCGAGCUGAGCGCCUUUCUGCGAAACUCUACCAUUCCUCACCUCGUCCGGAAGAGGGACGCGCCCAUGUUCGAGUUCCACAGACAGAGCCCUGCAAAAAUACUGAAUUGUACAAAUAUCGAGUGUUUACAAAUCUCCUGUGCAGUGGGGCGAUUAGAAGGAGGAGAGAGUGCAGUCCUGAAAGUCAGAUCACGGUUAUGGGCACAGACAUUCCUCAAGAGAAAAAAUGAUCCCUAUGCUCUUGUGUCACUGGUGUCCUUCGAGGUUAAGAAGAUGCCUUAUAAAGACCAGCCAGCAAAGCUCCCCGAAGGAAGCAUAGCAAUAAAGACAUCAGUUAUUUGGGCAACCCCAAAUGUUUCCUUCUCAAUUCCACUAUGGGUAAUAAUACUAGCAAUACUUCUUGGAUUGUUGGUUCUGGCCCUUUUAACUUUAGCUCUAUGGAAGUGCGGAUUCUUCGACAGAGCAAGACCGCCCCAGGAUGAGACGACUGACCGAGAACAGCUGACAAGUACCAAGACCCCUGAUGCAUGACAAGGAAAUGCAAAAGACCAAAAAAAAAAAAAAAAAAAAAAAACUCAAAUACUGGUCCUGUUCAAAGAAAAGAAAGAACGUAAGGGUUAAAUGAAGGCUUUCCUGUACUUGCAGGGACAGCUCCUGAAACAUCACUUCAUCUGCACUGUGCUUUGGAGAAGUUGUGAUGGGAGCCCACUGAACACUUGGAAAGGGAAACACCAACA